ACAAUCUUUACACACACAUAUAUAAUGAAGUCCUAAUAAAAUUGUAUCUUUAUUAUGUAGCAUAUCAUAAUUAUCAUAUAGUAAUACCGCAAAAAAGAAUACUUUUUAUUCAUGAUGAUACUACCACAUUGAGACAUGCAUAUUACUUAUUUGAACAGUUCAAAACAAUCAAGAAGUUCAUAAAAUAAUGUCAUGGUCAGCCCCUCUCAUAUUUCAAAAUACGUUGUUUCACAAGAACUUGAGUGUGAUGAAGGUAGCAGUCGCGUAUAUUUCGCAGCAAGAAGUCUCACUUUUGCCAUGGUUUUAUAGAAAAAAAUGGAGUUGUUCAACAAAAUUUUACACCUAAUUCCGCUUUCUUUUCGGGAACUGUCAAAACUUUUGACAGAUGUGUUAGAUAAAAUUGUCAGCUUUUUCGAAUACGGUUAUCCUGACUUCGGAGUGUAAAAUAUUACUGGUAAAAUGGUUGAAGAAGUUGUGCAAGAUUAUGCAGCUUACUUUAAGCUGGAUCUUACAAGUGGAUUCCAAACAGUUCAGGAUGUAAUAGACAAUAUGUUGACACGCCUCGAAGAGUUAACCAGUGUUUUACACAUGAUCAAGAUGAAGAACAGCGAGUGCGCAUCUGCUCUAACGGAGGAUAUUAGUAAAUACCGCAGCGAUAUAACUAUACUUUCUAAGAAAAUUAACACCGUCAGUGAUAUUAUUCUGCAGCUAACCAGCAAUGUUGACUUGAUAGAAAAACAAGUGCAAAAAGCAGAGUCAGAUUUUAAUGUACAUAGUGACAAUAAAAUUAAAAGUUUUCUGAAGCCUUUCUUGAUGAGAAGCAAGGAAUCUGUUUCAGCAGCCCCACAGGCUAUUACUCCUCCACAGAAAGUAGAACUUCCAAGUGUUAUUGAUAAUUUUGAACAAAUUAAAAUGUGAUAUAUUAUUCCAGGGUUAUAAUAUAAAAUAAAAUGAAACAUUUUAUGAAUUAAAUGUAAUGUAAUGCCUUAAUGAACUAUUUUAAACAUUAAAAAGAAGUAUCACAAAAAUA